UUCCCAACUAGCUUAGCUAAGCUAUGUCUUCCAUUUCCAUGGCCAACAAUGAUAAUGCCAUUUACUACUGCCUUCUCUUCUUCAUGUCUCUAAUUUCCAUAUUUCUGAUGCGUUUGCUCAUCAAGACCUGUACAAACUUCGGCAGCUCGAUCCGCCACCCACCAAGUCCGCUGGCUCUUCCCAUCAUCGGCCACCUUCAUCUUGUUGGCACUGCAUUUCCAAAAUCCUUUCAAACCCUAGCUCGCCGCUAUGGACCCCUCAUGCAGUUACGUAUAGGUUCUUCAACCUUUGUUGUUGCUUCAAGUGCCUCCAUUGCUAAAGAAAUCUUCAAAACUCAUGAUCUCAAAUUUGCCUCUAAGUUUGAAAUGGGUCCUAAAGAUUACAAUAUUUAUCAAGGAACAGGGUUUAUUACUGCUCCUUAUGGCGCUUACUGGAAGUUCAUGCGAAGGCUUUGCAUCACCGAGCUCUUUGCUGGCUCCCAGUUCGAUCGGUUUAAUCGUAUUCGGGAACAAGAGAUCAUAAAUCUACUAAAAUCGCUAAUGGGUUGUGCGAAAAAGGGAGAAGUAUGCGAUUUGAAUUUGGAGUUAGAAACCUUGACGAACAACUCCAUAUGUAAAAUGGCAAUGAGUAGGAGAUUUUCCGACAAGGAUGAUGAAGCUAAGAAGAUGAGGAAGAUGGUGUCUGAAAUUAUGGAGGCUGGAGCUAAGCUAGGUAUUCAUCAAGUGUUUGGAGUUCUGAAGAAAUUUGAUAUAUUUGGACAUGGGAAAAAGCUUCAAGAGGCAACUAUGGCGUUUGAUGGAGUAAUGGAGCAGAUCAUGAAGGAUUAUGAAGAAAGCUUGGUGGAUGGUGGAGAAAAUGAAGAGAAAGAUGUUAUGCAUGUUUUGAUGCAGACUUACAAAAACACAGAGGCUGAAGUGAAGCUAACAAGGACCCAGAUCAAGCAUUUCAUUCUAGAGCUGUUUAUGGCAAGCGUUGACACAGAAUCAGCAGCAAUACAAUGGGCAAUGGCAGAGCUAAUCAACCACCCCAGUGUUUUCAAAAAGCUAAGAGAUGAGAUUCACUCAGUUGUUGGUUCCUGCAACAGACUCAUCAACGUAUCAGACUUCCCAAAUCUUCCAUACCUACAAGCCAUCGUCAAAGAAUCCCUCAGACUCCACACUCCAGGGCCAAUCAUCCACAGAGAAUGCACCAAAGAUUGCCAGAUCAACGGCUUUGAUAUUAAAGCCAACACUAAAAUUCUCAUCAAUGCAUAUGCUAUAAUGAGGGAUCCAGACACAUGGCACGAUCCUGACGUGUACAUUCCUGAGAGGUUUUUGGUGGGACCCAGGGGAGAGUUUGAUAAAAGUGAGAUGGAAAUGAAAAGGCAUGAUUUUAGUUACCUUCCAUUUGGUGGUGGGAGGAGAAUUUGCCCUGGCUCACCUCAUGCUUAUGCAUUGAUGCAUUCAGUAAUUGGAGCUUUGGUUCAAUGCUUUGAUUGGAAAGUGAAGGAUGGAGAGAAUAUUGACAUAAACAUUGCCAAUGGAUUCUCAGGAACUAUGGCUCCUCCUCUUCUAUGUUAUCCCAUCACCCACUUUAAUCCAUUUUAAAUAUGGAAGAUUUAUUAUUUAGUUAUCGAA